UAUAAAAGGUGGUUCGGCGCGAGUAAACAACAUUCUGUCUCUGCAGCCAGACUUCAAAGCACCAUGUACAAGCUGGUUAUUUUCGCCGCCCUGGUCGCCGUGGCCACCGCCGGAUUGAUUCCUUCCACCAUCAUCUCGGCCCCCGCCCUGUCCAUCCACCCGGCCCCUCUGUUGCGCGCUGCCCCCCUGGCCUACCAUGCCCCUCUGCUGCGCACCGCCCCCGUCGUUGCCCCUCUGGCCUACUCGCCCGCCGUCCUGCGCUCCUCCACCGCCUGGGGCAACGCUGCCUGGGCUCCUGGCGUGACCUACGCCUCCGCCGCUCACCCCAUUCUGCUGUGAGCUCACCCUGACAGCGCCACCCCUAGUUUGUAAGGGCGCAUCCAGACGUAGCCGAGAUUGGCAUGAUUCAUGCUAGCUCGGAGUACGUUUUGGUGGCGAAACAUCGACCACUUGUCCAACUGGUGCAGUGUCUGACAGCGUGAUGACUAGAUCACGAUUCUCCGAUACACCCAAAUCUGUACAUGAUUUUAUUGCUCAAAUAGUCUGACGCAUUAUGACAUGAAUCAAAUAAAACACUUUAUCAACUGUUAAAAUCUCAAAAAUUGACUUUUGA